AUGCUUAGGGCUAGUGCUUGUAAUGGGAGCCUUGUCUCUGGGCUAAACGAGUCCUCAAACCUCACUGGAGACACCUCCCAGGCCCAGGCUAACAACACCCAAGGUAUCUUAUGCCGCGAGGAAGGAUAUCUCUUUGUAGGGAGGUCAUGGAAAAAGGACCAGAGCCAGUGGCCACUUCAGACCUUGAGACUUUCAACACUGCUCAGUCAUGGCCACCAGAAGCUCACCAGCACACUGCAGAAAGAAUUGGUCUGCCCCAUCUGCAUGGACAUUCUGAAGAAACCUGUCACCAUUGACAGUGGACACAAUUUCUGCCUCACAUGCAUCUCUCAGAUUGGGAAAGCACCAGACAGUUCUCUCAAGUGUCCCCUCUGCCAGAAUUCUGUGAAGAGGACCACAUUUAGACACAACUGGCUGUUGGAAAGUCUGAUGGAGAAAAUCCAAGCUGUUGAUCCUGCUGAGAUCCAACCAGAAAUGGAAGAAGGGAAAUGUAAGAGACAUGGGGAAAGGCUCCAUUACUUCUGUGAGCAAGAUUGGGAGCUCCUCUGUGUGUUCUGUCGUGAGUCCAAAGACCACAAAUUCCAUACUACUAGCUUGAUAGAACAGGCUGCCCAGAAGUAUCAGGUGCAAAUGCAGUCACAUGUGGAGGUCUUGCUUCAAAAGGAGAAAGAAAUUGUUCAAGAUAAGAUACACAGCCAACAGAAGCUGUAUGUGUUCAAGGCCCAUAUGGAGCUUGAGAGGAGAAGGAUCCUCAUGGAAUUCAAGCACCUGCACCAGGAACUAGAGGAGGAGGAGAAUUUCCUCCUGUCCAGGCUCUGUUGGCUGGGGCAUGAGGUUGCCAAGGGUAGGAAAUUCUACACGACUUCCACUGAGGUGCAGCUGAACUCUCUCAGGAAGCUCAUUGAUUCCCUGAAGGCCACACAGCAAAUGCUACUCAGACAGAUGCUGAGGGUGAGUCCCCUGGGGGCAGAACUGCAGGCAGGCAGCAGCCCAUCAUUAGUCUCAGGCCAGAGCAUGGACCACCUGGCAGAUUACCUGAGAUUGCCCCAGUCAUCUUACCUCUACCCAGCACUGACCAACAGAAAUAUGAGUAGAGAAUUUCAGUUUCUCAGACCAACCAUGUUUCCUCCCAGCCUGGAGAAAAAACUCAGUGAAGCAAAAUCAAGUAACAAGUCCAUCAUAGAGAGCCUGAAGGAAUUCAAAGGUCCCCGAGACCGAACCCGCUCUGCGGACGCGGACGCGGGGGGCACUGAGGACGUCCAGGCUGCACUGAGUGAGUGGCUGAAGGCUGGUGGGGCUCCUAUUAGGCAGAGUUGGGUGGAGCGAGCGGAGCGUCGGGGAGAGGCUGGGUACCGACAGUGGAGAUGGAGCGGUGGUGGUGAAGACCUGGAGUCCUGCCAGGAGGCAGGUGGCAAAUUGGUCCCAGAGGCCUCUAUGACCCUGGUUGUGACUUCUGCCCACCCAAACCUCAACUGUUCUGAAGAUCUGAAGACAGUGAUGCUGUACUCUGAACCUUCUAGUGGUUCGAAAGAGCCCGCUGACCCCAGGUGCUUCUACCCUGUCUGCUGCUUUUAGGGCUUACCUGGCUUUUCCUCAGGGUACCAGGCCUGGGAGGCGGAGCUCCAAGGGCCCCUGGGCGGGGCCUGUGUGGUGGGCGUGGCCUCAGAGCUAGUCAGCAGACAGGGCUAUCUGACUCUGGAACCCUUGUCAGACUUUUGGGCAUUGCUCAUAUAUGGUUCCACCCGUCAAGCCCUCAAUGAGAGAGGAACCCCAGGAAAUCUCAUCCGUCCGAGGAAAGUGGGCGUCCACGUGGAUCACAACUGCAGGAAGGUCGUCUUCUAUGAUGCCACCACCAGCAAUCACAUUUACACCUUCCACAUCUUCCCUGGGCAGAUCUUUCCCUUUUUCCAGCUCCUGUUGCCUGGCACUCAGAUCACCCUGAGUCCCUAG